UAUUUUAGUUAGUGUAUAUAUUUAGAAAAAUAACGUUUUUCAUUUAUUUUUUAUAUGAAAUAAAUAUAAUUUCUUUAGUUGUUGUUAAAAAAAUUUAUAUAAAUGGUUGUGUGCAAAUAUUAUCAACAAGGUGCUUGCAAAUUUGGACAAUAUUGUCGAUUUGACCAUGUCAACAGCUUUGGUGCUCAAAGUGCUAAACCAUAUGGCGAAAGUAAAAGUAUUGUUUUGGGAGUGGCAGAAGAAAUUCUUGCUGCAGAAAGAGGUGGACAAUGGUUGCUUUCUUGCUUUGGUCCAUUUAAGGAACAGCCAUGCAUUCCCGGAAUGGAAGACAUUUCUCCUGAAGAAGUUCGAUGGGAGAUGUAUCAAGCUCAAAAAAAUAAUACGGUAGAUCAAACUAAAUUACAAUUUCAACAAUUAUGUGAAGAAGCCAAAGUUAAGCGCGAAGCUUUGAAGAAUCCUACACAUGAGACUGCAGCUUUACUAGAAAAAUUACAAAAAGGAAAUCGAGAUGGUACUUUUGGUACAAAAUCAACUUUUUCUAUGUCAUCAUCUGCAUUGAGCAACAACACGACCAGUAAUAAUCCAUUUAGCUCUAAACCAUUUGGAACCUCCAAUACAUUUGGAGUCGGAAAUUUUAAUUCACCUACAACAAACACUUCUAUGUCCAUAUUUGGAAGAAGUGCUACCAAUAAUUCCACUGUUUUUGGAGGUAAACCUGCUUUUGGUGGUACCGCAGUAUUUGGUGGACAAUCUCCAGGUACCUCUAUUUUUGGUGAUGCUUCUAAGCAAACAACUUCAAUAUUUGGUGGUGGACAAAAUAUGCCCACAUUUGGAUCAGCUGCCAAAUCAUCCUCCUUUUCAAGUUUCAGUAGUCCAAGUAAUACCCAGUCAAUUUUUAGUCAAUCGACUAAUGUUUUUUCAAACACUCAAUCUACAACUUCAACAUUUGGUAGCAAUACUACAACAUCAACUUCUCCAUUUUCUAAUCAAACUUCACAAACUAAUCCACCGCCUUUUGGUAUAACUAAUCAAAACGUAUUCGGUAAUUCACCAGUCCAGCAGACUAAUUCUAUUUUUGGAGGAUCACCAUCUACAGUCAAUCCUUCAGUGAGUUCUUCUUUAAUUCUACGACAACCAAAGACAUCAUUUGGUGCUGCAACUCUUUUCAAUUCAUCACCACUAUUUGGAACAACGACUCCAGCACCAACAUUCGGUGGUCAACCUACUUUUAACACUCCAAGGAAUAUUUUUGGAACUAGCACAACGAAUGCAACAUUUGGAUCUAAUGUACAACCAGUCAAUAGUUUUAGCGCCUUAUCAUCUUCUCAAAAUAUUUUUACCAGUACUCAAAAUACUAGUUCACCUUUUGGUACUAUUACAUCAGUAUCUAAUGCAAAUAAUGGAUUCGGAUCUAAUCAAGGAACUGGGACGGUAUUUGCUAAUGUUUUUAACACACCAACUACACCGGCACCACCUUUUUCACAACCUUCAGCUUUUGGAUCUACAAUAACAAGUCAAGCACCUUCCAAUACUUUCGGAACUAAUAGUUUUAUAAAUACUACUAAUAAUACGCUUAUAUCAAAUAAACCUACUUCAACAUUUGGCAGUGGUGAUUCUAAUAAUCCAUUUGCUUCGACAACAAAUUCAAUAACGAUGAGUAAUCCAUUUAUUUCAUCGUCUCAACAAGUAGCCUUAUGUACCGGCACUUCAUCCACUCCAGGAUUAGGAGGGAUGAAUUUUACUUGUAAAGUAGCAGAAAAAAUAGACGAAAGUAUUUAUACUCCACAUGAUCAACUUACUGAUGAAGAAAAACAAAUAUAUUUAUCAGAUCAAUUCACACUUGGAAAAAUUCCUUUAAAACCCCCAAGUAUUGAACUUCGAUAAAUUUUAUGCUAGAACUUAUUGAUAUAAUAUAUGUACUAGAAUAAUUCAAAAUAUAUAUUUUUUUCAAUCAAUAUUUUUUUUGCUGUGAUACAAUAUGAUUAAUAUUUUUAAGAUACAUGUAAUUGUCCAAGUAUUUUUA